AAGAAGAAGAAAAAAAAAAAAACCUUCGUUUCAUUUAUUAGAUCGUGGAGUAAAACUCGGUGGAGAAUGGAGGUGCAAACUCGGAAACACAAUUCCUUCGAAAUUUGGAAGUUGAAAACCCGCCAAAGUGAACUUUAAGCAUCUCAACGACUCAACCCUUGAACCCUAGUUUUCGCAGAAAAAAUUAAUUCUAAACAUUCUUGAAUGGAGAGGGGAAUGAUAUCAGUCGAUCGUUGGGCUGAAGGCAGUCAGAUUUAUUUCUUAACUCAUCUUCACGCCGAUCAUACCGCUGGCUUGUCGUCUCGUUGGAAGAAAGGUCCACUAUUCUGUUCUUCCAUCACUGCUAAGCUUUUCUCUCCCAAAUUCCCCGGUUUCGACUUCUCAUUGCUUCGAGUUCUCGAAAUUGGACAAUGGUACUCGUUAUCUUUGGUUUCAUUGUGGUCUGGCUUGGAAACUAGGGUUGAAGUUAUAGCCAUUGAUGCCAAUCAUUGCCCCGGUGCAGUUAUGUAUCUAUUCCGUGGUGAUUUUGGGAACAUGCUUUACACUGGUGAUUUUCGUUGGGAAGUAUCAAGUAAAUUUACAGAGAUGGGAAAGAACAUGCUUCUUAGUGCUCUCAACAAUCAUAAAGUGGAUACCCUUUACAUAGAUAACACCUACUGCAACCCAUCAUAUUCAUUUCCAUCUCGGGAAAUUGCUGCUCAACAGGUGGUGAAUAUCAUCAACUCUUAUCCUGAGCAUGACAUCAUCAUUGGCAUAGACUCAUUAGGGAAAGAGGAUUUAUUACUCUACAUCUCAAACACACUGAAAGUAAAGAUUUGGGUGUGGCCAGAGAGAUUACAGACAAUGCAUAUUCUAGGAUUACAUGACAACUUCACAACCAAAACCACUUUAACAAGAAUACGAGCUGUCCCUCGUUACAGUUUUACCAUUGAAACCCUACAAGGACUGAAUACCAUGCGCCCCACCAUUGGCAUCAUGCCAUCUGGCCUUCCAUGGGCACUAAACAAAAACAAAUCUUCUUGUGGUCUUUCCUCUAUGAAGACAGUAGAGUCAAUGGGAUCACUCUUUCUUGAUUUGGAUACAGGAAACAGAUAUAGAAAUAAAACUGAAAAACAGCAUGAUUACAUCUACACAGUUGCGUAUUCUGAUCACUCAUGCUUCACAGAGAUAGUGGAUUUUGUUAAGUUCAUAUGCCCAACUCACAUGAAAGGUAUUGUGUCUUCAUCAUCUUCUUAUGUUGAUCCUUGUUACCAUCUUCGCCACAUCUAUGGAACAUCAAGUUUAUAUGGAAAAUAUAUGGCUGAGGAAGAUAGGGAAAGAGGUAAAGGCAAAUGUAACUCUGAUGAAAAGUUAAAGAGAAAAAGGAUCAAACAGUAUCAUUCAAGCUUGUAUAAAAGUAGGGUCAGUUUGUUAAGAAGGUUUAAAUGUGGUGUGAAGUUAGAUUAG